CUGGUCCCGAACUCCAGGGCUCAAGUGAUUUGCCCUCGGCCUAGCAAAGUGCUGAGAUUACAGGCGUGAGCCCCCGCGCCUGGCCUCCCACUGAGAAUUAAUGCUGCUUUUUUCCGUUCAAAAGGGAAGUCUCAAGUCGCCAUUUAGUUUUCCUGCUUUCGAUAGAAGCCUGUUUACAGAGAAAUAUUUUAAAGCAAAAGAGCAAAUGCUAUGAUAAGUGGCAACUGAAAGUGCUUCAAUUAGAGACUGUAAGGUCUGGUGGGGGAACUCCGCUUGGAUAGAACAGACCUGGCUGAAAACGUCAGGGCUGCUCAGGCUAGUCAGUUGCAGUUCAGCUGGAAUUGGGCCGAGUGUUGUCAAAUAUUUUGGUCCCUAAAAGGAAUCAGAAAUCUGGACAUUGUGGGCUAAUUCAAUUUUAAAAUUGGUUCAAAGUGCCAGCCAAACAAAACAAGUCAUAGGCCAGGUGCAAUCCUAGGCUGAUAGUUUAUCUUUGAUCUAAAUUAUAAACUGUUUAGAACAGGGAGUUUAUUACUGUUCAUGUCCAAAGCAGGUCCCCUCACAUAUUUAGUAAUCAAUAAAUGUGUUGAAUAAAAGAAAGAAAUGGACGCUGUCCUUAAAAAGUUCUUAGGGAUAAGGUGGUAGUUACUGAUUGCCUAAAACACCUCUAGAAAGGAAAAGAUGGUAAUAUUUAUUGAGCACCUCCCAUGCGUAAAAGUACAUUAUCCCAUUUAAUGCUUCUGCAGUCCUACUUAGGGAUUCCCCUCCUUCUGCUUAUUUUAUUUAUUUAUUUUUUUGUAGAGAAGGGGUAACUCAUCUUGGCCUACCAAAGUGCUAUGAUUACAGACCUGAGACACCAAGUCAGGACCCCUCCCCCUACUUGAGAGAGAGGUGUGAAGUCACUUGUCCAAGGCCAUAUGGCCAGUAAAUGAAAAGCUAAUGGCCUCUGAUGCAACUAGGAGUGUCUAGUGAUUUGCUAUUUGAGCAAACACAUUCAUUGCUGGUGGGUAUUUUAUCUGCCUGCAUGGGAACUGAAGCACAUUGAAAAAUGAAACAUGUCUUCCAGGAGUUUGGGCCUUCUGAGACACUUCUGUGACUACUUUGGUCGUAAUUUGAUAAUGCUUUUUGGAAAUGGUGGCAUCUUCUCCCUGAUGACUAACAAAGGGGAAAAGGAAAGGAUGCAAAUAUUUAUUUGGAACAAUAUGCCAGGCUUUUAAUAUUCAUUAACUAAUUUUUGUAAUGACCCUGUGAAAUAAACUUAUCCUCAUUUUACAGUGAAGUAAACAGGCUCAGACUGGUUAAGUCCCAGGUCACUCAGCUAUUAAAUAGCCAAUUAGGGGACCUGAAGUCAUUCUGCUCUCAAACUCUUGCCAUUCUACCUCAUGCUGAGAUAUUUUCACACUUGUUUGUUAUCCAAUCUUUAACUAUUUUGUGGCCAUCAUUUACCUAUAUAGGAUUAAUAUAAAUAUUUUAUACUUUGAGUUCAAAUUAAGAUCUGGACCGUAUGGCUAAUGUAUAAUACUCCCUAAUUAUGUGGUUGUUGAUUUUCCAGAGGACUAGAAUACUGCAGGGUUGGCUUUUGGCCUAAACCAUUUCUAGGUAUGGACUUGCCAGAUGAGAGCCAGUGGGAUGAAACCACCUGUGGCUUUGCUGUUUGUCAGCACCCACAAUGCUGGGCAACUAUCCGCCGCAUUGAGAGGGGCCAUCCUCGAAUCCUUGGCUCAACCUGCAAAACUCCCCUGGAUGCUGAAGAUAAACUCCCAGUGCUCACCGUGGUAAACAUCUCAGAUUCCUGCUUUGCACCUCGUCAUCUACCAGAAUGUACCUUUACUAAGGCCCGUUCUUUAUUGUCUCGGAGUUCAAAGUUUUACUCCAAAUUUCAUGGCAGGCCUCCGAAGGGUUUACCUGACAAAAGUUGGAUCAACUGUACUAAUAGACUUCCCAAACUUCCAGUGUUGAAUUUGAAUGAGACGCAACUUCCCUGCCCUGAAGAUGUUAGAAAUAUGGUUGUAUUGUGGAUCCCAGAAGAAAGAGAGAUACAUGUGAGCCAGCAUGGGAAGAAGAAAAGAAAGAAAUUGACAGUGAAAAGCAAGUCAUUUCUGGGUCUCUCCAGAAAUCAGUCCGCAGAAACACGAGUAGGAACUCCAGGGAUGACUGUGCCUCCCCCAACCCCAGUGCAAUUGUCUAAACAAUUCACUUCAGAUUUCCUACCUCUCUGGGCUCAAUCCGAAGCAUUACCUCAGGAUCUACUGAAGGAACUUUUGCCAGAUAGAAAGCAAACCAUGCCCUGUCUGGAGAUGAAGAUAAAAUUGGCCAUGAUGAAAAAGAAUCCUCCCUUGGAAAGGAACCGACCUGACAGUGCGAUUUCUUCUAAGAUGUUUCUAUCUAUACACCGCCUCACCCUGGAAAGACCUGCACUGCGAUAUCCUGAACGUUUGAAGAAAUUACAUAACCUGAAGACAGAAGGUUACAGGAAACAGCAGCAGUGGCAGCAGCAGCAGCAACAGAGGAAAGUGAAAACACCUAUUAAGAAACAGGAGGCUAAAAAGAAAGCCAAGAGUGAUCCAGGGAGCCAGAGCACUUCACAUAAACUUCCAGUUACCACUGCUCAUGACCGUCUCUAUGGUUACGGAACUCUGCCAGGUCAGAACAGUGACAUGAAGCAGCAGCAGCAGAUGGAAAAAGGAACCACCUCGAAACAGGAUUCCACAGAGAGACCAAAGAUGGACUACUGUGACCAUGUGGAUUUCCACCACAAUGUAAAAAGUCCUGAAUUGUAUGAAACAGAACCCACUAACAAGGACAUUAGUGCUCCGGUGGAAGCUGUGCUAGAAGCCCAGGCUGCCAGGCAAAAGAAGAUCUCCUUUAACUUUUCAGAAAUUAUGGCUAGAACAGGCUGGAACUCUGAGCUCAGACUACUGAGGAUUCUUCAGGACACUGACGAUGAGGAUGAGGAGAACCAGUCCUCUGAGGCAGAGAAGCCUCUGGAGGAAUAGACUGAAGGCAUCCCCUGGGGCAGCCGUGUUCCAAAGUGGGAUGGUUGGUAUCCUGAGGGCAGCAACGUUUCACAUAAGGGCAAGAGGAGAGGGUCUUGUGCUCUCUGGAGCCUUUACCAGGGCCUAAGAUCUGAGCUUAGGGAUUCAGUUUUCUUUGUUCACCUCUACUUGCCUCUAAAAUAAAUGUAGGAGAAAAA